AUGUCUCAUCAAUGCCUUCCUUCCGUACAGAUAUCCAAAAGCAAGCUAAAUAGUGGAGGGGGCUGGAGUUACAUUUACGAACGUUUGAAAGAGCACGACACUACGAUGAUUGACGGGUACACCGGAGACAUAGAUACAUUGCUCGUAUUCGCCGGUCUUUUCUCCGCCGUGUUGACCGCGUUUCUGGUGGACACGUACCCCCAUCUGCAGCCAGACAAUACGCAACUCUCGGCUCAGGUCCUGCUCGACAUCUCCCAGCAGCUUUUCAACCUCUCCAGAAACGAGAUCGCUAAUCCUUCCACUGUUUCGGUGACAGAGUUUCACGCGCCCACGUCGCUCGUUGUCAUCAACUCCUUCUGGUUUGUUAGUUUGGUCGUGUCCUUGGCGUCCGCCCUUCUCGGUAUCCUCGUCAAGCAAUGGUUACGAGAAUACAUCCUCUGGACCACCGUCACCCCGAUCCACUCCGCCAUCAACCUUCGACAAUAUCGUUACAACCAGCUACAGCGCUGGAAAGUUCCAGAAAUCGUCACCGGACUUCCCACCGUGCUUCAAGCCGCCGUCGUCCUUUUCUUCACCGGUCUCAUAGCUCUACUCUGGCCCAUCAACGAACGCGUAACCGUUGUCACAACCAUC